AUGGAAGUACGAAACAAUAACAUUUAGAAAGCUUUGCAAACAUUCUAACAUACUAAAAACUCUAGUAAAUAAUAUUCUAUCAAAUAAGAUAACAGAUUGAAAACUUCUCAAACUGAUCUUCUAAAAUCAGUUGACACUCAAAAAAUAAUGAACGAUUUUUAUGAUUAAUGUAAAAAAAGAUUAAGUAAAUUUCUUUAAAAAUAUUUUAGGAACAUAAAACUUCAUUCAUGAGAGAAAUAAGUCUUAAUAAUUUUAAUGUGAUUCAUUAAUGUAAUCAAUAGAUAGUUGUCCUUCUUUCAGAAAUUAAGUUAGGACAGCUCAUAAUUCACCUCCUAAUAAAUACUUCUUAUUUAAUACUUGUGAGAAGGUUUUGCAUCAAAAAAGCAAUGGAUCUAAACGUAUACAAACUAAAUAAGCAGAAAGACUGUUUAUUCAAUAAAUAAAUUAAAAUAAUCGAGCAGAAUUAUUAUUAAAAAUAGAGUAAUAUAUAAGAGAUUAUUUUACUGAAGAAUGUAGAGAAAUGGCUAAUUUAUUUGACACAUUUAUGAGAGAACUAAAUUAUUAAAUAUCAGAUUAAAAAUAUUAACUAACCUUACAAGAAAAACAGUUAGAAAUAUAAAAUAUUGAUGAAAUUAUCAGAAUGAAAAAUAAUCAUGUUUGGGCCCAUGAAGAUAUGGAAAAAUAGUUGAUUUCAUUAAAAUCUUAAAAUAUAAAUCAAACUACAUUAAUUAAAAAAAAUGAAAAUGAUUUAAAAGAUUUAUAAGCUAAAAUUAAUUAGUAAAAACAAUAGUUAGAAUAAAAGUAAAAUGAAAUUCUCAUAAAAAACAGGAAAAUUAAGGAAUUAGGCUAUGAAGUACUUUAACUUCAACGAAAACUUGAAUAUUUAGAAAAUAAAGCUAUAAAAGAUCAUAGAUAAUCAACAUAAUAAAUUAGAUAUUCAAUAUUCUAAAGCUAAUAAAUUGGAUCUAAUUCAAAUUUAAGUUAAUAAGGUAAUACUACUUCAAAUAAAGAAAAUAAGUUUACUCCUUUAAUAGAAGAAUAACAAGAAGAUUCAUCUCCUACAAUUACAGAAUAAGAAGAUGAAGAAGAAAAAGAAUUAAAUUAAAUUGAAUUUCAUACAGAGAGGAUUGUUGAAACCAGAGAAAAAUAACAAUAAGUAGAAUCAGAUUUCAUUUUUAAUUAUACAAAUGUUUAAGAAGUUUAAACACAUUUAAAUUUAAUUGAUAAAAAAUUUGAUGAUCUAAACUAAGAUAUUUGUGAUUAAGCUAUUAAUUUUAUAGAAUUUCUAAAUAUUCCAAAGGAUAAAACAGAAAAUGAUAUAUCUUAAGCAAAUAUUUCAUUUUUGAAUAUUAAUACUAUGGAUAAAUUAACAGAAGAAGAAAUUAUUAAAUUUGUUGAUAAUUAAUUCUCUUAAUAAGGAAUUCCAUCAAGUACACCUUAAAUAGUAAGAUAACCUUCUAUGAGAACUAAUAUGAAAAGAGCUUCCAUAAUUUUUGAUAAGUAACCUCCUUAAAAUUUACAAAUUCCUACUAAUAAUAAUAAUAAAAUUAAGUCAAUGAUCACAUUUAUCAAAUUUUAAGGAAUAAAAAUAUUCUAACAAGAAAAUAUUGUUAAAGAAAAUAAUUCCACAAUAUAAGAACUAAAAGCUAUUAAUGAUAAUUUAUUAUAGUAGAAUAAAGAUCUGAAAGAAUCAAAUUCUAAAAUGUUUGACUAAAUAACUAAUCUUCAUAUUAAAAUAUCAGACCUAGAAAAUUAAAUUAUGUCAGAUGCAAUGGAUCUCAAUUAAGUUCUUGCUUAAUAAGAAAAGAAACCAUAAAAUUAAAAAUUAAAUACUUUGGUUUAAAGAAAAAAUAAAAAAGCUGCACCUUAAUUAGGAUAAAAAGUAAUCUUUAUAAGAUUUUAUUUUAGGUUACAAUCAGUUAUGAUUUUUAAAAAAAUUAAUCAAAAUUGUUAAUAGAAAAAAUUAAAUCUAAGACAAUGGGAAAAUUUACUAAUUUCUUACCAUUAAAACUUGUACUCAAAAUGAUAACUACAUUUUAUUUAGAAAAAAUAACAAAUUAAAAAGAAAAUAAAUUACUUAGAGAUUAAGAUAUGUCAGCUUAUAUAUAUAAUUAUUAUUUACAAUAAUUUGGAUAUACUAAAGUUACUGAAUAAAGAUUUAUGAUACUUGUUUUGUCAAUUAAGAAAUAUAUUUAAAUUGUUAGAGUAAAUAUGUUUGCUAAAUUUAUGAAUUUAUUAGAGGAAAAAUCAAACUAUAGAGUUGAAGAACUUUAAAGAUAUUUAGAAGCAUUAGAAUAUGUAUAGAAUAUUUAAAAUCUUGGAAUUGCUAUUAAGGACAAUGAGUAAGAAUAAAAGCAUUAUAUUCCUUAUGUAAGAGCUUUAGCUUAUUUGGGAUAAUUAUAAAAUUUUAACUUUACUUAAGAGGAAUUAAAUUAUUUAAAAUAAGACUUAGAAAAUUAAAAAGAAAAUGAUCCAAAAAAUAUAAACAAGGCAGGAAUAGUUGAUUUUGAUUUACUUAUGAUUAGAGUUUUGACAAUUUUUAGAAACAAUGUAGAAAAAACUAAAUUAUAUGUGAUAAAUGCAUUUGCAGCAAGCGAUCUGGAUGGAAAUGGAAUGUGUAAUUUAGAUGAAUGGCUUCUUUUAAUUAGACAUAUUGAACCAGAAAAAUUUGAGGAAGAAAAAUUUGAAGAUAUUUUUGAAGAAUAUGCUGAUCUAGUAGAGGACGAUGAAAAAAAUCUUUCUUUUGACAGAUUCUCUAUUUUAUGUAUGGAACAUGAGCUAUUUAGUGAUGCUUAAUAAAAUAAAUUUUUAAAAGUGAAAAGUAAAAAUAAUAAAAUUAAAAAUUAGGUAAUGCUGAUGCUGAAUAAAAAUUUGAAUAGCUAAAAGAAAACUGGAUACAAGUUUAUACAGAAUAGUUGAAGAGGUUGAAUGAACUUAAAAUGGAAGAAGUUGAUAAAUAAAAAUGGCAAAAGAUUCUCAGUGUUUUGGAUAGAAAAAUUGGGUCAGAAUAUAGCAGCAAAAAACCCCUUCUUAUAGCCUUUAAAAUCUUUUUGGAAGAGUCUAAAUGA